CUUCUUCUUUCCAUCACACAACCUUUUCUUGCUUUACACAAUCGCAUACUUUUUUUCAUCCCCACUCCAGCCGCCCGUAAUCACACUCACUCAGGAAAGACACUCUUCAUCCAAAUGUCGAUCGAACUCGAGCCAUCCGCCCAACUGGGCUUUCGCAGACCUUUGACGGAACCCAUCAAGGAAUCCCUCAUCAUCCGCAACCCGACCCAGCUGCCCAUCGCCUUCAAGGUCAAGACCACUGCCCCCAAGCAGUACUGUGUGCGUCCCAACUCUGGACGUGUCGAGGCGGGUGAGGAACUGGAGGUCCAAGUGCAAAUGCAGGCCAUGAAGGAGGAUCCACCCAUUGAUUUUAGAUGCAAGGAUAAAUUCCUGGUCCAGAGCGUCGCUAUCACGGCUGAGCGUGAGCAAUUGUCCCCACAAGACUUGUGGCCAACAAUCGAAAGAGAGGCCAGGGAUCAGAUCCGGGAAAAGAAGAUCCGGUGUGCUUUCCUGCCACCGAUUGAGCAUGAAAUUACGCAGAUCAAGGAGGAGGACGAGCUUACUUCCUCCCGUGUCUCUUCGGCGACCCACAGCACUCACAGCACCAUCAACAGCCACACGGUCCCUGCUCCUGCGUCGCCGGUUCAUCACGUCGCUCCCACUUCUACUAUAGCUGCGGCGCCAGGACUUCCAUUAUCGAAUUCAUCAUCAGCAGCAGCCUCUGGCGCAGAUGUGAGUGCCUUGAGGCACGAACUUGAAGCCGCCCAUGAGACCAUCAGGUCCUUGCAGAGCAACAUGGAGAAGCUACAAAGUGAAGCUAGCACUCUGCGUCAACGCAAGCCCGAAGCUGGGUCGUCUUCUGCACCCAUGAUGACUGCCGUUCAUUUGAAGCACCAGCAGGAGGGCUAUCCUAUUAGCUAUCUCGCUGGGGCAGCUGUUAUCGCCUUUUUGUUUGCUUACCUCUUCUUCUAAGAUGUUUAACGUGCAUACACAAUCUCGUCACCAUGACCCCCUCUGCUAACCUUUUUCUCUUUAAGUGUUGGGCUGUGCCAUUUUACGCAUUCGGCAUUGAGAAGGGUUCGGAGAGAUACUUAUAACCAUAUUGUUCUUUUAACGAUGCUUUUUGCAGUUCAUGUCGUAUAGUCUUGAUGCCCUUCUUUCCUUUUCUUCUUUUUCUUCUUCUUAAUGACAGGCCAUGAGAAUAAAAAUAGAUUUAAC